AGGACCAUCAGGUUCCCGAUCAGUUUACCGGCGUCCCUCAGUCCGUACGGUCGUGUCUGUAACUCGCGUCCGAUCCGCCGAAUCACGUGCGUCGCCUCGCAGAAAGGGUGAAAGAAAUAAAAGGGACGGGCGAUGUCGGCCUUACCGUCGACCGUCGAGCGUGUCACCGCGACGUCGUCGUCGUUGAAUCGAGCCCGAGAUGUGUGAAAGCCCUCCAGGAUUACUGCUGCAGCUGGAUCCAUGAUUGCGGCAAAAUGGUGGAUCGGCAAAAAGCACUACUGAUGGUGUUACUGGCACUGCUGAUUUACCCAAACGACAUCUUCGGAGGCGCUUUUCAGCCCGAAUUUUCCGGCCCUAUCACCAAUCUAACCGUGCCGCUCGGGAGGGACGCCACUUUCACGUGUCUGGUGAAACAUCUAGGAGGCUACAGAGUCGGCUGGGUGAAGGCGGACACGAAGGCGAUCCAGGCGAUACACGACCACGUGAUCACGCACAAUCAGAGGGUGACCGUGUCCCACAGCGACCACACCAUGUGGAACCUUCACAUCAAGGGUGUCCAAAGGGAGGACGGUGGACUCUACAUGUGUCAGAUCAACACGGACCCCAUGAAGAGUCAGACAGGUAUGCUGACGAUUGUUGAGCCACCCGACAUCAUCCCUGAAGGUACAUCGAGCGACAUGAAUGUGGGCGAGGGUGGCCAGGUGAAGUUAACGUGCCGGGCGAGAGGCGUACCCGCGCCGCGCGUAUCCUGGCGCCGGGAAGACGGCAGGAACAUUAUAAUUCGGGAGCAGUCUGCAGUAAGCGGCCAGAACCAGAAGUCUCACGUAUCUACUACCGUGACCGAGUACUUUGGUGAGGACCUAAAGAUAACGAAGAUCUCGCGGAACGAGAUGGGAGUUUAUCUGUGCAUCGCCAGUAACGGCAUCCCGCCCGCGGUCAGCAAACGUAUUUUUAUCAACGUUCAUUUUUCACCGGUGAUUCACGUACCCAAUCAGCUGGUCGGCGCGCCCUUGGGAACCGACGUGGUCCUAGAAUGUUUCGUAGAGGCGUCCCCGAAGUCGAUCAACUACUGGGUCAACGACAAGGGCGCGAUGAUAAUAUCCAGCGUCAGGCAUGACGUACAGGCGGUGGCGAAGUCGCAGUUCGAGGUCCGGAUGAUCCUCACUAUCCGGAACCUGCAGAAACACGAUGUGGGAACGUACCGGUGCGCGGCCAAAAAUUCCCUCGGCGAUGUCGAGAGCAGUAUUCGAUUAUACGAUAUCGCCGCGCCGGCUAAGACGCAGACGGCGGUGCAGCUGUCGUUCGACGACGAGGAGGACGAGUCGGUGUACGGCUCGGCGGAGAUGGACAAGAUGGAGAACAGACCGCUGGCGGUGGACAACACGGUGCACGGACACGUGGGCUCGGCUUCGGUCGCCACGCCGUCCUCCGCGAUCCGCAGCGGCAAGAAACGGCCGGUGAUCAACGCGAAAUCGGGCACCGACCCUUGCCCGCGACGCUUCUCCGUCGUCUUGUCGUCAUUGGUGUCGCUGAUGGUCGUCUGCCGAAGGUGGUAGUGGUGAGAGACGGGAACAAGCCGAGGAUUCUCAAGGACCGAGGUCAGGACACCGAUUUCGGCGACAGCGUAACCACAUUUGGAGAAGCGUGCCAUUCGAUUGACACUCGACGACCGACAGAAGUUGUUCCGAAGUUGCUUCUGUUGCGGGCUGCUGAAUGAGCCCCGGGAAAGAAAGAUACAUUCGCGACACGUGCCUCGUCGGGCUAUCGGAAUCUUCUUCAGAGUAGAUCCUGGGCUGUUCUUCGAACGCGUGACUCUUUGAUUGCAGCUAAUUAUUAGUGGGGAAUCGCGUGGAACGGAGCAUAAGCUGAAUUUCACGCUCGACGGCCGUCCUCGCGUAGGAAGAAGCGUGAGUUCCGGGCUUCGUUCAACCGUUUACUCGACAAUACGCAACGAAAACAACUUCGAGCAGGCUUAAAAGCCUCACCGCCGACGACGACGAUGAUGACGAUGUAUCGUCUUCCUUGAAUGGCUUAUUCGUAAUUCGUAGACCUAAUCAAUGCCGGGAGCUCGCGGAAGGGAUGAACCAGGUGGGGCCGAAGACGCGGGGCGUAUCUUGAUCGUUGCGACUUAGUAAUUGCAUUGGGAGGAAUCGACCGGUGAGUGCUAUGUUAAUUAAAUUUCGAGAUAUGAUUUCGGUCGGCGUUGUUUUCAAUAUUUUAGGCGAUGUUCUAAAUUCUUUCAUUUUUACCAAGUUGCUCCUGGUACCGCGAUAUAAUCUCAUCUUACGGCGCACCGUCUCAUUUGCUCUCAGAGGCGAUCCGCGACACCGAGAUCGAUACGAACGUCUAUCGAACAGAGUCGCAAAUUUUAUGUGAGACACAAUCAAUUCUCUACUUUAUCAUGCGUCAGAGUUCACGCGUUAUCGAAUAAAAUCCGUGCGGAUCGAUUGAGAUACUCGCGGCAGACAAGCGAUGUUUAAGUGUAUCACGAAGAAGAAAGCAACGAAAGCGAGAGAAGACAAAAGAGAAGACGACGAGAAGCGGUAGAGGCCGCAGGAUGGUAAAACGGAGAGGCCGGGAAGAAGGGAGACAUAUCUCGAAGCGGUGACGGUUGUCGGAUGGCAUUCCGCGCGGAAAGGCCAAGCGGGUGCGUAAUAACUCUUCAGUUUCGGCGGCGUGAUGCAAAUCUGCGCGAUGUAUAUAUGUACGUGUAUCAUAUAACGGGCACGCGCUUGCACGUGUAUAUGUGUGCAUACUGACACGUCAGGGUAACUAACACGUUCGUGCCACCUUCCCCCCAUCCUUCCUCCCCCGCCGCUCCUGAAUCGCGUGUGAGCGGCGCGGCGGUUCCGUAGGUAACCCCUUGUACGAUCGCCGGUGUGUAAUAGAAUAUGUAUCGCGAUUAACGAGUAUCGACAGCUUUAAAUGAGUUCGACCCGGAAGUAGCGAGGCCAUCUCGCGUGCGUGCGUGCGUCCGUCUUGCAGGAUCCUCUCGAUCAAGCACCGGACCAAUCUCGAUUGCGAGACGGACGAACGGCCUCGAAGUUGUGUUCGCCACACGUCCCAAUCGCAGACGCGCGAUCGCACCUCCUCCUCCUUCUCUUCUUCUUCUUCUUCUUCUUUCUCCGCGAAGUUACUUCUUCCUUUCUUCGUGUUGCGCGUUGCUGUUGCCACGUUUGCUGGUCGCUACUCGAGGAUUUUUUGCGACACUGAUUACACAGCGGCUCUCGACAGUAAAACUCCGCCGGUGGUCAACGUGGAAUUAAGUGUGACCUUUCGAGGAAGGUUUAUUUCGGAGAGCUCCGCUUUCGCCGGAUAUCGGCGACUCUCGAUAAAGAAACUUCGCGAUAGCGGUCAGGCAGUGGUGAGUGAUUUUCGAUGAUCGGUAGAACUCGAGUGUUCUACUUUCGAGAGCUGCUUUAGAUAUUAGAAAUUCCCCGAUUAAAGUAAAAAUCGAAUGACAUUCAACUGGUAUUUAUAUGGGAACUUUGUUCUUUCAGAGUGACUGACAAUAUCAUAAAUCUCUCGGUUUGAUUUGAGGCUGAAAUAAGUGACGCUAAAAGUACCCACUUAAAAGCUUUUUCUUCCUUUAGAAACAAAAAUUUAAUGAGAAAUAACUCUCAAUAAAAUAAAAAACUCUCAAUAUUAUGAUUUGUAAGAUAGAAAACUGUUUGCACAAAGCGACUAAGUUAACAGGUAACAUGUAUGAAAGGAAUACCUAUUUUUAAAGAUAGUAAAUAAAAGUUGCACGCGGGAAGUAUAGUUCUUAUUUUCUUACAUUGACCGAAUUAAUGGCAAGACAAUAAAUUCGCUUUUUUUCGCGUCCCAUAAAUGCGAUGUGAUAUUUUAAGCUAACGCAACUGGAUAUUUUUUAUGAAUUCCUCGGUUAUUUGUUGAGAAGACACGAACUUUUAUGUAGGAAGCGUGAGAUUAAACCUAUUAUUUCGUCUGCAAUUUCGACGCGUGAAAUAAAAUUAUCAACAAAAAAACAAAAAAUAGCAAUUACAAAGCGACGGUGACGUUUGCAGCAAGAGUUAGUACACAUAAAAAAUAUUUGCGACAAUAACGACGUUUCUGAAGAACUCUAUGUUGGGCGUGAACUGCAAUUCGUGAUUAUUUAGGAGCAAUUCAAUCAAAAAGCUGUCAAUGAGAAAUUUCGUCGAUCGCGCGUCCUACGAUCGGGCACUGAUAUCCGAUCUGAUAUCCGACUGAUUGCUCGUUUCCGGCGUGAGCGAAACAACUAGUAAGUGUUCGAUAGAUAAAAGACGAUCCUUUUUCUGACGCGCGAAUUGCUCCAAGCAAAUGUGCGGAAAAACGCGUGUGUGCGUGUGUAUGUCUCUAAAUAUGCGUGCAUUUGUGUGUGAGAGAGAGAAAAAGAAGUUGAAAGCAAAGGAGAGAGAGAGAGAGAGAGAGAGAGAGAGAGAGAGAGAGAGAGAGAGAGAGAGCAUAAGCGAUACUAAUUAUAUUUUUAUAUUUCCAUCCCAUAGCGUGCUUACGUUCCGUAACGAUAGAUUCUUUGAUUACGGUCAGUUUUAUUCAGCCACGCCGCAAUAGCGUGACGUCCGGUUUUUGCAGUGAUUUCUCUAAUUACACUAGAUGUCGCGCAACAGCGAGCGUCGCGGCGUUAAUGGCUUGUGAAAAAUGUUGGCCGGCUCGGCCCUCUGUUUGCGGAUCUACAUUCAGCUUUCGGACGCAGUUCCACAAAGUGGAUCCAGCACGGCCACGGAAUAAUAAAAUCGAUCGCAUCGGUUUCACCACGCGCCGCUCUCACUACGACAGUGUGUUGUAUUCACUCACCUAAAUAAAUCGGGCGUUCCCGCGGGCGCACGGUUUUGGAUUUU